GUUCGGUCGUUCUGCGCCUGCUGGCUGUGGUCAGCGCUGACGGCAGUGCCCUAGUCCCCAUCGUGCUGUUCAUUCCUCAAGUCGCACUUGCCAGCUUGUACGCAAAAAACGUACAGGUAUUACACGACAAGACACUUUGCGCGACGAUUCCAGUCGCAAAUUUGUACUCAAAACCAACGCGACCACAGCUACUUCUUUUUGUUUCUUCGACCGUGCGGUGCGUAGUGUUGAAAAUCGCGAUCAAGGGAUAGCGAUAAAUGCAGUUGACAUUGUGCGCAUCGGCAAACGACAAGAAUCGUUGCAAAUGUAUUCAGUAAUGGGAAAUGAGAAUUCACAACAUAACGACUGUCCCAGAGCCAAAAAGAGCAAAACCGAUGACGAUAUUUCACCAUGCACGGUGGGCGGCAAUCCGCCGGCCCCGGACAGCUGUUGGGAGCGGCUGCCAGCCGUGAUACUCGAUGACAUCUUCCACUAUCUUAGUUUUGAAGAUAGCAUUCGUGCUUCGAGUACAUGCCGCAACUGGAGACAGAGUUUAUAUCAUCCAAGAAAAUGGCAAAAAGUAAAUUUUGUGAUAGAGCCAAAACAACUAGACAAAGCUCAAUACUUCCGCACGCGCGCUGGUCACAUUGCCACCCACGCAAACGUGCGCUUCAACUCGAUCGACCCCGCGUGUGUUGUCGAGUUCCUGCAUCUAUUCAAUUGCUUCGCCAGCAGUAACAACAUCAAAUCGCUGAACAUCGAGCCAUCACAUUGCACCGUCGAGAUUCCUGAGUGUUGGCUGCAGACAGCAGCAAACACAGACAACGCUGAAGAGUUUUCUCUUUUUAAAGUAUUCGCUGACAUCUACACUCGACAGUCUUUGAAUGUCCUCACACUGGGCUGCAAUGAAGAGCUGUUUGAAUCGUUGCCAGAUAUCCUUGCCCUUCUCGACCAGAAAAAGGCCGACAAUAUCGAAACAUUGGCACUGGCAACAGUCAAAGAAGAUCCCUGCAAUUAUCUAAUGCAAAAUCUCGACGCCAAGCAAUUGGUGAUGUUCAGGCGGUUGCAAAUUUUCAGUUUGGAUUACGAUAAUCUGAGCGAUGAUGUUUUGCAUGCGUUGCGGGAGGUGGACGAUUUGAGAAGGCUUGUUGUGCAUGUGCAUGGUAUCUGGGAUAAACAUCCCGGCACUAGCGAGGAUGCUUGGUUAAAGUUUAAAAAACGACAUCCUGAGUGUCUUCUGCGAUUAUCUUGCAUACAUUCAACGGAUGAAGUGAAACAUUUGCAUACUAAGGUGUUGAAGGGUAACAUGCCGUUGAGUCAUUUGAAGGUGCUAUUUUGUGAGCAGAUGAAUUUGAGUGUUCUGGUGAAAUUGGCGAUGUACCGUGAAACUUUCGUGAGUCUUAUUUGGGUGGAUAAUUUCUCCAAUGUUGAUGCUCAGGUAUUUCUUAAUCGACAAGUGGCAGCUGAUGAUAUACAACCUCAGGAACUCAUAAUACUAGCAUGGUUGUGCAAGAAGCUGGAAGAACUUGUCGUCAUCGGUUACAAGUUCUAUGAGGAAGACUAUGUUGGCAUUGCUAAACUACGUGCCGAUACUAUGCGGCGUCUAGAGGUCGCAAAUUCCGAUCUUAUCCUCUGCGGGUAUACAACAGUCAACAUAACCAAGGACAUUUCGCAAGUUCUGGGAAGAUGCUGGGCGCCGCUGCCCAACUCAGCGUUGCAUCCGUCGAUCGUAGAUUCUUCCUCGACGGCCUGCUACACGGACGAGUACUUAAUGCCACUUCUGCUGGCGGAUCUUAAAUAGAAUUCUACGCACUUAGGUUACACCGCGGUCAGGCAACCCACUAUACUAAACACACAACAUUCGCAUUGUUCUACGUGCAUAUAUUUUUUAUUACGUUUUAAUUAUUUUAACUGAUUGUGAUUCGAGACGGCGUCGCGACAACGUUGUUUUAAGUUAAAGCUACUACAGGAAGAGAGCUAUGAUUUGACUUUUAAAGGCGCGUGCAAAAAAAAGUGCAGACGAUAUUCAUUUUUUUUAUUGUGAUACAUUUAUUAACGAAACAACUUCGUCUUACGUCGAACGUUACACUUACUAGAACGCAAGACAUUCUUUUGCCAGUAUUUUAUUCGCGCAUUAACACACAAGCGAUAACAAGAGAAACAAAACAAAAAAAACGUAGCGAGUAAGGCAACAACAUCUGUGAUACUGUAUUUGCAACGAUUGUUAACACAGCAAGUCUAGCCAACAUUAAAACUAGCAGCAAAACAAACACACAACCGAUUAGCGAAACUGCAUGUCAUCGGAAGAAACUAGCGAGAAGCAUAUACCAAAGUACCUGCAGAGAAGAAUCUAUUUUCAACGACGCCGCCAGCCGAGAAUCGUCCACUGCGAAAACGAACGGCGUCCGAAUUGUAAAUAAGAGCAUAUAAUAGUUGCGGAGCAUUUAACAAAACUAAAAAACAGCGCGAACGAAUAGUUAACAAUCGAAACUAAAAGAAACACUACUAGUAUAAAUCCGUGCGGGGAGUGAACACAAAACGAAGGAUAGAUAACGAGAUAGAUAACGUUAAUAUGCAAUCAAAUUCCAUUAAUUAAGAUUACACAGAUUGCACUUCGAAAACAAAUACGCAAAAAAAACGACCAAUAAUGUAUUAAUUAAACAACUACAGUGAAAUGUGAGAUUGAAAAUACUAGGCGGGUCGAUUCCUAAAACACUUAAACACACUUCAAAGUGCAAAACCAUUUGACCAAAACCUAAUGGUUUAGAUAUAUUUUUAAAAUCGGUUGAGAAGGCAAUUUACAGAUACAUUCCAGUAAACGUGAACACGUUGCCGCUGCAAGUUGAUCAACUGCACGCAAUAAAACAAUGUUACCAAGCAUUAAAUUUAAUUAAUUUAAUAAACAUUACAGAGGGGAGCAACGUUAUCGAAUCCUCUGAUAAUUUAAGUAGAUUUUACGACGCCGGGAGCGAGAUAGAAAUGUGUAAAUGUGAGGACAUGCAUUUGUCGUCGACACCAAAAAACAAAAUGGACACGAUAGGGGAGUAACAAUUUGUACAUAACAACCAAGAUGCGUACCUGAACAAGUAUUGUAACACACCACAUAAAAAAGCAACACGAAACUGUUAUUUUCACAGCCCUAGUCCAACGUACGAAAACAUUUGGCCACGCUGUUUAAAUCUCAAAGAACUAAUGAAUUAAGCACAUCUUGUAAUAUAUCGAAAGGGUGGUUAUCGAGUGUGAAUGUUUGUGAACCGUGUGAGAUGAUGCUCGGCACGAAACCAAAGUCGAGCGCAAUGUGAGAGAGUAUAUAUAUUAUAUUUAUAUCUGUGAUUUGUGAAAUUAACCACACAUAACUUGCAUCCGAUACAACAAGCAGACGAAGCUGGAUGUAAUGCAAAAACAAAAGAAACUAAAUAGUGUAAACCAAAAUAUUGUAACAUACACACAAACAAACAAUUUAUUAUUGUGCAAACAAGAGAAAUUUAUGAAGCUAACAAAGAGAAAACAUAUAUUAAAGAACUUGUAACAGCGUACAUAUGUUAAACAACGCCAAAAUGUUACAGUUGUUACUAUAACAAUCUAGAUGCGGCGUUCAAGAUGGCGCCGAGUAGGUAACAAACAAAUGUAAAAAGAAUGCGAACACUGCAUUGUUAGGGUGAUUUUUAGAUGAUGCGACGGAAGUGGAAUGCGUCUAUCUCAAUGUGGAGACGGAAUCAAAAAACAAAAACACAUAAAAUAACGAAUAAUAUUAAACGCGACUUUGCGUCGCAAUUGCCUGUGAUUAAUAUCGUGGAGAAAGGAUGAUGAAAAUAGUUUAUAAAUAGCGAGCCGGCGAAGAUAGAAAUUUAUGCAAGCGGAGUGCACAUGCGUUGCAGAAACAAACAACAACGUGAAUACCUCACAUUAACUUACGAGAUACUUACAUAUUGCAUACACCAAAAUGUAAAUUUUUUACUUUUUAGAACACGAAUCUGAUGAGAUAAAUCAUUACUAGCAAGAGAGAACUUUAAAGCAAACAGAAAACAAGAUGGCGAACAUAGAAAUCGACAAUAAACAUAACUUUGGCUCUUGGUAUAAACUAAAAAUUAAACAAACAGCAUGAAGACGGCAUUUUUAUGAAGUAAAUAUAUUUUAAUCUGUAUGUUGCGAUGAGUUGUGUUUUUCAAAAUGGCGUUUUUGUUUAACUUUAAGAAAAAUGAUCAAAAAAUCUAAAAGAAUUUAUUGAAUGUUUAAAAAUCGAAAAACAAAUAUAUUCAAAGUAUAUUAUUCGAGCUGAAAGCUCGAAAUUUCAAAUAUUGCUAUAAACAAAUAUGAAAAACAAAAAAGCAAAGAAAGAAAAAUAUAUAAUACAUAUUGUAAUAUAAUAUUAAACAUAUAAAAUGCAUAUUAUUAUAUAUCUAUUCUAUAAAAUAUAAUGAUAUAGUAUAUUCUGUUUGGUAAAUGUAGAAAAAAAAAGCACUUAUUGCAUAAGAAACAGUACUUUUGCAAGAAGUACAUAAUAUUUAUAUGAUUGUGAAGAAAACAAAACCAACUUGUAUGUGUAUUUAAUUGUAUUUAAAUGGCAUGCACGUUUAUAUCAUGCAAUUGUGCGCAUAUGUGGAGAUAUUUUUAUUGUAAUCCAACAUUGUAAGCCAUGUUCAAGUGGAAUCGAUUCCUUCAAACGAUCGAUUAUCGUUAGGUCUAUAGAAUUUCUUUUGUAGAUUUUUUAGUAUUAGCCAAACACAUGGUGAGAAAAGUUAAUUUCAAGUCUUUGUAUGAAGCGAAAAUAUUUUUGUAUCUGUUGUAUUAAGUUUAUUUGUUUUGGCUUAUUGAGUCAAUCAUGCCAAUCAGGGGAAUCAGGGUGUUAGUUGUUAGGUUCUGUAGAUUUGUGACGUUUAUUUACGCCCGGCCCUGAUACAUUUGCUCAUUUUAGUUCGGUUUAGUUUAGUUAUGUUUAAUUUGCGUUUGGAUUAGUUUGAAGAAUAUUAAGCGGAGGAAAUUUUAUGAAUAUAUUUAAAAACUAACAUUAGGAUACACUUAUGUGUUACAUGAUAAUGUGCACUUGCAGCAAGUGAAACAGCUGUUAUUCUCAGCUAUUAACUUUGUAAUCACAAAUGUUAGGUGUAUUACAUGUGAAACGAUUACAAAAAGGACACUUUAAUGAGAUUAUGAAAUGCCACAGAAGCAAUACUCCGUACGAAUUCAAGAAAACAAAACUCCAAACAAUCGAAGCAAUUGAUUUCCGCGAAAUUGUUCUUUUUAUGCACGAAGUUUUAAACUUUAAAUAUUGAAUGAAGAGGAAAACUAAAUUCAUGAAGCACUAAACAUGAUUUGUAAAGAAAAACAAGUGAAAUUUAAAUGAAUAUUGACCAAUUACAAGUUUAUCUGUAGAAUGCAGAAAUGUGAAAGUGAAAAUUGAUUCUAGAAACGAAAAAAUACCAAACAAAUCACUUGUUAAACCAUUGAACAGAAAUGAUAGCUUAGCUACAUAGAUUACAAAUAUUGCUAUUAAUUAUAUUUAUUAUUAUAACAUUUAUUGUUACGAUAAUAAAGAUAUUUGCCCAUUGUAAA